GGCUGUAAAAGUUAUGGCUGGACUGUACUGGACUUGGUGUGGCUUUCCUUGAUCCUGAGAUCAUUAAUUAACAGGUCGCUAUCGUGCCAAACUGAUCUACCAGCGAGAGAUGGAGCACGGCCACUCAGAGACUGACAUCACAAAAGUGGUGAUGAUGGGCAUCGCCGGCAGUGGCAAGUCAACCGCUCUAGACACAAUAAUGGAGGAGGAGCCCCUUGCACCCGAGGACCGUCACAGUACCCCCAUCAUGAAGAGACCAGUCAAAACCAUGGUCAUCGUUGUGGACGGCAAGACAAAGUGGGUGAAGAAAGAACAGCACCAGUUCACUGCUCACCUGGCUACACGUCUCAACACAGACCCCACCCCUCCUCAAGAAGCCACACCCACCAGCCGCGCACAUUCAAACACGACUCAGUCUCCUCCCACCUCCGACUCACCAGAUUCAUCCUCACACACUCACUCAUCUCACCGUCCUCCCCUGUCUGCCACUGGCACAUCCACUACUGCUACCCAGUCCAUCACUGCUGCCCUUCUGCAGCCAGGUCCGUCCCUCUCCCCCGAGUUGAGUGUGGACGCUCUACUGCAGUCAACUGAGGUGGAGGAAGAGUUUGUCUCCCUCAUCAGCCAAGCCACCGGAUCUCCCAAACCUCUAGCUCAUGAGAGAUGGGUGUUUCUCAUCGACUCUGGAGGACAGACCGAGUUCCAAGACGCCUUCUCUGUGUUCCUGCCACACACAUCCAUCUGCGUGUUUGUGUUCAAGCUUUCGGAGCCACUGGACAGCUACCCCGUGAUAGAGUACUACCGCGAUGGGCAGCUGGUCGGCAGACGAGAACAGAGUCUUUUGACCAACAGAGACAUCUUUGAAAAGUACAUGAGAACCAUGUUCUCCUUCGACAACAGAGUCAGGAGAAAGACAGAGAAGGAAGUAGCAGCAAUCCAGGAGAGCUCUCUGCAGCCAGCACAGCCAGUGGAGCUCCCGGGAGAUGGGGACCACUCCCCCGAACCAGAAUGUCAGUGACCACUCAUCUAACGAGGACCACUCUCCCGAGUGCGGAGGAGCAGAUGAAUGCUCGUCAGAGGAGGACUCCUCCAACGGCCAACCCCCCAGAAUUCUUCUCCUUGGCACUCAUCGAGACCUCAAGCAUUUGUGUGAGACAGAGACAGUGGAGCAGAAGAAUGAGCAACUGGAGGCUCUCAUUCCAGACAAGCUUAAGAAACAAGUUAUUUACAGUGCAGACAAGAAGCCCAUAUUUGAAAUCAACGGUCUAACACCUGAUAAAGAUGACAAGAGAAUGGCAGAAGCAAUAAGAGAGUGCAUCGUGCACGAGUGUCCCUCCAGAAGGGAGAAGACUCCGUGGAGGUGGCAUGUGUUCAAUCAUAAGAUGAAGAGCAUUGCUCGUCGAAUGAAGAGGAAUGUCCUCAGCCGAGAAGAAUGCCUGAAGAUUGCUGCAUCUGUGGGGCUGGACAAGGAGUCGUUCCAACUGUCUCUGGAGUUCUUCCACAACCUCAGCCUCAUCUUCUACUAUCCCAGCAUUCUUCCCGAUGUGGUGUUUGUGGAUCCCCAGGUCCUCCUGGACAAGGUGAGCGAGCUUGUCCAGUUCACAUUCGAACUAAAAGAUCCCAGUGCCAAAGAUUCCCUGCUUCCCCACGGCUGGCAACAGUAUAAGAACAAUGCACAAAUCACUGAAAAGUUUCUGGAGAACAAGCGUUUCAGCAGCCACUACCACGAGACAGUGUUCACCAGGAAACAUCUGACAACCUUACUGGAAAGACUACUGGUGUUUGCACGGCUCUCUCCUGACACGUGGUUCAUGCCGUGUGUCCUGAAGCAUCUGAAACCAGAAGAAAUCCGUCCACACUGUGUGAGCCCGUCUCCCCUUGUGGUCCAUUUCGCUGACGGUGGACCCCAGCACGGAGUGUGCUGUUCCCUCAUAGCCCACGUCCUCUCCACAGCCAACAGACAUCCCUGUCCAUGGAGUGUCCGUCAUGCACACAACAGCCCCGCUUGUCUGUACCGCAACUGCAUCCAGUUUCAGGUCUCAGACUACAAUGGCUUUGUCAUGUUAAUCGAUCGCUACACAUACUUUGAAGUCCACAUCCGCACGUCACGCAGUAAGCUAGUGGAGGUGUGGAGACAUGUACGAUGUGCUGUCUUCAGUGGACUAGAGUCGGUAUCAACCACACUCGGCUACUCCAACAACAAGCCCAGCCCUGCCAUCCUCUGUCCCGGCCACACCACUGCCAACAACUCUCAUCCAGCCUACAUCAGGAACAGAGAGUGGACCUGCUCCCUCGACUGUAAUGAGUUUGACUCAGUUGCAAGUCUCAAGAAAGAGCAUAUUCCGUGUUGGCUGGAAGAGUCAGAAUACAUAGAAGAUGAAAAAAAUGACAGGGAGCCACAUACAAUGUCAAAACGGAAAGGAGAAGAGAGAACUGAUCCCAAGGAAACAACUGAAACAACUGAUGCACUUAGAAAGGAAAGCAGUUCUACAGCUGAGUGUUCCGUUCCUCAAGAUGGCUCACUUGGAAAGGAUGAUCUGGUGGAGGUAACAGACCAGCUGAUGGAUCUGGACCAGUCUGAUAUCUACAACCUGGGUCUGGUCCUGGGACUGGCUCAUCGCCGUGUGGUGGAUCUGAGAGAAAACAGCAGAUCCAACCUGGCCUUCCUGGAUGCAGUGGUCCUACACUGGCUGCAGAGAGACGACUGUGUGGAGGAGGUGUCCUGGGCAGCUCUUGUUAAGGCUCUUCUCCACCAGAGACUGGGUCACACUGGAAUUGCCACCUCCAUUGCUGAGAAAUAUGGAGUGAAGGAUUGCCUUUGAGGGUUUCAUGCUACUACUUCUCACUGACCACCUCCUUUACGACUUCAAGAUGCAUAUUUUAACCCCCUCCAUCCACCUCUGGCCAGCAAAGACCGAUGUUGUCAUGUAAACUCUUAUGCUUUAUAAACCUUUACUUCACCUUGACCCUCAUCAAUAUUUACAACACCAAUUGAAUUUUUCAAUAUGCGUCAUCCAACAGUUAGCCGUAUGUCCCAUCCAUAAGAACAGUACAGCUAUAAGUAAAGUAUGUUGUAAUAAUUA